UGGGUGGGGUUAGAAUUUGACAUAUAACAGAUGAUUCAGAGUGGGGAUGUUUUUGUAUUUCGUAUUUUGUUAAGUGAACUUGUUCUAAACAAUUUGUUUUCCGAUUAGUUUGCACAGUUCCAGAUAACAUUUCCGAUCGAAUUCUCUAUUAGUUCCUAAAGAUGACGAUCUUGACGAAGACGCAUUCAGAAAAGAAGGACAAUUUGGUGAUUCCUUUGGUGGAGAAUGAAGAACAAACGCCAACAACGCCAACUGCUCCGACAGAUAUUGAAGGCCAAGUUCUACAUAAGAAAAUUAUAAUAUUCCCGUCUCAUGCCAGACGUGUCUCAUCUACAACAAUUUUGUUCCUGCUGAUUAUUGCUCUAGCUGGUGUAGGAGUUGGAAUUAUUGGUGGUAAAAUUCUUUACAACGAAUAUUUGAGUGUUACGAAGAGAAUUGAGAAUGCGCGCCAGCAAUCAGAAGGAUGGGUUCAAAUUCCAAUUUCUCCUAUGGACGAUGAUUAUGACAAUACAGAAAAUGACGAUAACUUGAUUCAAAUUCAAAACGACCAACAAUUGAAGGAUUGGGACAAUGGAAAAAUGGACUGGAAGAGGAUUUUGAACAGAAGAUAUUUCCAGGAAAGUUUUGAAAUCGAUCCAGAACAGAAAUACGAAAAGAUUGACGUACCUGACUUCAGAAAUGGGCGUAGUGGAAGGUUUAUUCACGAUUUCAAUACAAACUACACUGGAAUCAUUGACGUAACAGGUAAAAGAUGUUUCGUGAUGCCAUUGAAUAGACAGAACGUUCUACCGCCCAGUUCGCUCUUUGAUCUGGUUCAGAAAAUGUGGGAAGGGUACUACAAGGUCGACACUGACGUUGUGAGAGAGACGAUGAGAGUUGUGACGCCUCCUGUCACUGACAUGACUGAAAUCGGGUCGUACAUCGACAACGAGUGCGGCGGUAUGCCGAUAUACAAAUUAGAGAAAUAUGUUGGAGGAGUGGCGAAGCGAUCCGCGGAUCAGACACCUGAUGUCAAGUUUGGCCAGUUUGCCGGCAAGGGCAUCUUAGAGUUUGACAUCGUCAACAUUGAAGACGUCCUCAACUACGAAAGACAAACCCUACUAAAGGAUUAAUGCAAUUUGUUUCUUAGUUGUGUUCGUCGGUAAUAUAAAUUUAAGGAAAAAAAUAAUCUACAACUUUAUAUAAAUAUAUACGUUAAACACAAUAUUAUACCACUUAAGGAAACUUUCUAUUACAAUAUGGUAUGUUUUUUAGUCAUAUCAGAGCGGGGAUUGUAGCUCUUCUGAAAACCUUAGGUUCUGUUGAUUUUUUUCUGUCUAAUUUAUUGAUUUCUACCUAGGAUUUAUCGCUAGAUUCAUCUACAGGGUGUUAAAAAAUCCUCAUAAAGAAAUGUGAAAAAAGUAUAACGUUAACAAAUUUCAAGAAACUCCGCUACAGAAUAUUUAAGAUAAUUAUUACAAAAAAUAUAUAUAUAUUUUUUUAAUUUUAACAUCCUGUAUCUCUAAAACUACGCCUCUCCGAACCUAUGUUUAUAGGAACUUAUUUUCAUAUUUUUUAAUGAGGAAUCAGGCACAGAAAUUUUGCCGUGUAUUUUUUGUACAUCCUGUAUUUAUACCAGUGGCGUGCGGUAUAUGGAAGUUUGGGAAGAAAUUCUUUCCAUAAAUCGAAAUUAAAAUUUCACUGUACGCCUGUGGAUUAUAAUUUUCUUAUGUGUAUAUAAUUUUAAUAUCCAUCUUUAUUUCUUCAUGUUUUUUCUGUUUUUUUUUCUCGUAAUUUUUAGAUUUCUUUUUCGUUUUUAGAAGAGUGUAUAGAUUUCUUUUGGAAAUCGACUGUAUAGUAUAAUAUUAUCCAAUCGUCAAUAGAAAGCGCAAUAUAGGUUUCUAUGCCUACUGAUUAGCUGUUAGAGUUGUCUAUUUAAUAAACUACUUAUUCAUC